AUGGCCGCUCCCGAGGUCGACGACCCCGCAAUCCAGGCCACCACACCUACCCCUCAUCCGGCCACCGGCCAUGAUGUUGAGGAAGACGAGAAGAAGGUCGUGCUAGCCGAAACAGCGUCAAUCUAUAGCGAGCCGGUUCCGGCACGCCGCGAGCCGCCAUGGCUCGCAUUUCUCAAGUCGUUGGUUGGCGUAGAGCCUGCGAGAGGGACCCCCAUCUACCGGCACCGCGGCUCCGUGCCCACCGAGUCGGAUGCAAAGUCGGUAAAGGCGAGGAUUUGGAAGUUCUUCCAGUUUCUCGGCCCCGGUGCUAUUAUCAGCGUCGCCUAUGUCGAUCCGGAUAACUACCAGACUGCCAUUUCCUCGGGCGCUUCGUUCCAGUUCAAGCUGCUGUUCAUGGUGCUGUUUUCCAACAUCAUCGCCAUCUAUAUCCAGUCACUAUGUGUCAAACUGGGUACCGUCACCGGCAUGGACCUUGCCCAGAUGAACCACCGCUUUCUUCCGCGCUGGCUUGAGCUGGCCCUCUAUGUCGUUGCUGAGGCCAGCAUCAUCGCCACAGACCUUGGACAAGUCAUUGGCACUGCCAUUGCCCUGAAUAUCCUGAUCCCAGGCCUGCCUCUCCCUGCUGCCUGUGUCGUUUCGGUGGCUGACACCCUGUUGAUACUCCUGUUUUACACGCCGACUGGCGAGUUGCGUCGUAUCCGCCUCUUUGAGAUCUUCAUUGUCCUUCUGGUCAGCGCUCUUUUCAUUACUCUAUGUGUAGCCCUCUCCAUGGUUACUGCACCUCCUCGCGAUGUCUUCCGCGGCUUCGUCCCCUCGUCCGAGGUCUUUGUUGCCACGGGACUGUACGAGAUGUGCGCUAUUCUCGGCGGCACCUUGAUGCCCCACGCCCUGUACGUCGGGACAGCCCUCUCGCGUGCUCGUCUCUACGACUUUGACGCCAAGCAUAGCCUUGCACCUCUGGGCAGUCCAGAUUCAAGCUCGUCCUCGCUAGCCUAUCGCCCAUCGCUGCGUGCGAUCAAGUCGUGUCUCAAAUGGUCUAUUGCCGAGUUGGCCACCACUUUGUUCAUCGUUGCCGUCUUUGUGAACUCGGCUCUGCUCAUCAUCUCCGGUGCUGCCUUUUACCGGGUAGAGCCACCAGAUACAGGCUUAGGGACCGGUUCGGGCGAUGGCGGUUCCGCCGGCGGCGACCUGGACAAGAGGGAUCCAGGCGAUGUCGUCGAUAUCAGCGACGAUCUGUACGACCUAUAUAAUCUCUUUACCACGAGCAUUUCCCCGGCGGCUGGCACCUUGUUUGCCGUGUCUCUCCUUUUCUCGGGCAUAACCGCAGGUAUCGUGUCCACCAUGGCCGGCCAGGUCGUCAUGGAAGGCGCAUUGAACCUCCGCAUCUCGCCGUUUUUGCGACGCCUGAUAACACGCUGCGUCGCCAUCAUCCCGGCCCUCGUCAUAGCCGUGUCGGUCGGCCAGGCCGGCUUGUCGCGCGCCCUGGUUGCCUGCAACUAUCUGCUAGCCAUCGCACUCAUCCCGAUCACGUUCCCCCUCAUCUACUACACGGGCCGCUCCAAGAUGAUGCAGGUCCCGUCCGACGGCGGAACGGGCUCGGUCAACAUGAAAAAUCACAUCGUGGUUGCCCUCAUUGCCUGGCUGCUUUGGCUGCUCGUCGUGGUCAUGGACAUCGCCACCGUCGUGCUUGCCGGCCUGGGGGUCACCGAUGCCGACUGA